AUUGGAAGGAAUUCAAAGUGGGGAAGAUGAUUGGAUUCAGCGAGGCAUGCUAAUUAGAUGUGCAACUAUUAAUCCUCUUCAGUUACCCAAAAUACUUACUAGGUUGCUUGUGGCAGAGGAAUGAUUGAAUAGUGCCUCUAGGUAGUUAUAGUUAAGCUCGUUUCUUCUAAUCAUGCUUAAUGUCAUUCUAUAACAAUAAGCCUACCUUGAUCAAGUCUUCUAGACACUACCCACUUAAAGUCUCUGAGUAUAUGUAAAUGUAAAUGAAAUCGCGCCCCUUGCCCUGAAAUUGGGCUUUCGUUAUUCUUAUUUAGUUAUGGAAGUUUCGGAGAUUGAUUGAAAGGGGAAGUUUGAAAGUUGGUCAGUUAAUUUACCUUAAUUCUUACAUCCUAUUGUCAUAUUAUGUAACAUUGAAGAUACCUUGAUUCAAGCCUCUUAGCCAAUACCCACAUAAGGUCUCUGAUGAUAUAUAUAUGUAAACUAUGAGAUUUAGUCCCUUCUCCUGAAUUGGGUUCUUGUUUUUCUUGUUCUUGAGCUAUGGAAGUUUCAGAGUUUGAGUGAAGGAGUCUUUAAAUGUGAGUGUGGACAUCUUCUAGGAUCUGGGCAAUAUUAUGGUACAGAAAGACAUGAAUCUGGAAGAAGAGCAAUUCCUUCUGUGUAAGCAAUCUGGAAAGAAGUCGCAGGUACUGCCAGACAGUUCAAAAGAAGGCCUUCCAACUUCUUCUGUUUCUGAAUUUAAGCUGGCUGAACACCUGCUGAUAGACCCACAGUUGCUUUAUAUUGGCUCCAAGAUUGGAGAAGGCGCCCAUGGGAAGGUUUAUCAGGGAAAGUACAGGGAUGAGAGUGUUGCUGUCAAAAUACUACACAAGGGUGAGACACCUGAAGAUAAGGAAAAACUCGAGGCACGAUUUCAAAGAGAAGUUAAAAUGAUGUCUAGAGUACAGCAUAAGAACCUUGUUAAGUUCAUUGGAGCGUGUAAUGAUCCAUUCAAUGUGAUAGUCACUGAACUGCUUCCAGGCAUGUCUUUACGGAAGCACAUGAUGAAUUUGCGCCCCAAUCGAAUAGAUCUUCACGUUGCAAUAAGUUUUGCUCUUGAUAUUGCACAAGCCAUGGAUUGUUUACAUGCCAAUGGGAUUAUUCACAGGGAUCUAAAGCCUGACAACUUGCUGCUCACCGAAGAUCAAAAAUCUGUCAAGCUAAUUGAUUUUGGCCUUGCCAGGGAAGAAUCUUUAACAGAGAUGAUGACAGCAGAAACAGGAACAUAUCGCUGGAUGGCUCCCGAGCUGUACAGUACUGUAACUUUAAGACAUGGUGAGAAAAAGCAUUACAACCUUAAGGUGGACGUUUAUAGUUUUUCAAUUGUUCUCUGGGAGUUGAUAACUAAUCGCAUGCCCUUUGAGGGUAUGUCACACUUGCAGGCAGCAUAUGCAGCAGCUUUCAAGCAAGUGAGACCCAGUCUUCCUGAAGGCUUGCAUGAGGAUCUGGCAUUUAUUCUGCAGUCUUGCUGGGCCGAGGACCCAAACAUCCGGCCAAGCUUUGGGGAGAUCAUCCGAAUGUUGAAUACCUUCCUGUGCACUCUUCCGGGACAUCCACAGCCUGUACUAGUGACUACAAGGAGCGGUGAAUCUUUAAAUGGAUCAACUAAUUUUAGGCUGUUGAGAGGAAAUUCAUCAGAAGGUGGUAGCAUAGGUUCAACAGCAAGAGCAAAGAGGCGGUUUUCUUGUUUUGGUCGAUGCUUUUCCUUCGGUAGUAGUGGCACUUAGUGCUAGUGAGUUCAAUCAAUUGCUUAAGAUGUUGACGUGUAGAACUGUCUAUUCUACAGUGAGAAAUCACAGAACAAAUUUUUGGGCAUCACCUAUGAUUCCAUGUUCUAUGGUUAUGCUAUAAGAGAUGCUACAGGGUACUGGAAGAGUUACAGAUGAAAGAAAUUGUGGAGGCUUCAACUUUCUAGAGUAGUUGAAGAUUUAACAUUUCUCACUGCUUGAGACUCAUCCUGAUCUGUGGACGAAAAGAUGGAACAUUGUUCAAUCCUUGAGCUAUAAUCAUAUAAUCCACUUGUGGACCAGUUGAAAUUGCAAUGCAAACAGGUUUGAACCAUGAAGUGAUUCUAUCUUUAGGUGCUAUUUGAUCAUGCUUUACAGUGGCAGAAUUGAAAUUGUAGUGGUUUUGGGUUGUAUGGAAUGGGUAUGUGUCAUCUGCUAUCAGAACUAACCAUGGUAUCUGAAAGUGGAAUACCUUAUAAGGUCUGAAGUAUAAUGGUGAAAACAUACUCAGACUCCAGCAUAUGCCACUUGACCAUAAUUUUGAUGUGACAUGAAACAUUUAUUUUUAUAUUAGGCGAUCCAGACAAGGUGGUUGAUCUGAUGUAGCAUACAGAAAAGGAAAAAUGGAUGGCUAAAGCGCUUUUUUGACUUCAUCAUGUGAUCUGAGCAGCAAAACUUUAUGUGGACACGAUUUCUUUAGUUGCGUUACUGAUAAAAACACCUCAAGACCAAAAGAGAUGUCAAAGGCCUCCAGAUGUUACCUGAUGCAUUGGUGCUAGUAUAAAGUUUUAGAAAGUGCUUGUCAUCUAUCAUUUUGAUUUAAAUAAACAACAUUAAAGAUGUUAAGAUCCUUUUUGAGUAUUAACAUGGAACUUAAAAACAGGUAAAGAUUUCUUCCUCUGUGGAUGGGGAGGUGUUUAGGAUUGUGGAAAGAGCUUUAUCACUGUUUUGUAAUGAGCAUGCCUUGAUUAUAUUCAUACUGAGAUGAAACAAGGUUCGGUUGGA